AUGUCUGCAAUCUUUUGGACGAGGGUCUGGCGACAUGUCCGCAUCGAGGAGUUUGGGCGUUCCUAUGCGCUGGGGACCAGCUUCCAGGAAUUUGAUGUCUUGGGCUUCCGUGGCGAUGCCACGCCGUGUCCGGGAUGGGACCCUUACAUUUGCGAAAGCAACGUCGUCCCCAACCGAGCUCGGAUUGGAGAGCUGAUGUUCUAUGGCCGGUUUUGGGUCCGCCGAAAGCCCUUCUACUUCAUCGUGGCUUUACUGUUCCCCACUGCUGUGGUGACCUUCAUGGGUGCCAGUGCAAUCCUCAUCGCAUCGGGCGAGGCACCCAAUGGCAUCGUCUUGGGAGGUGAGUCUCCGUUGUCCCUCGUCGCCGGACUGAUGCUGACCAUGGUCGCUAUGAAGUUCUCCUACACUGAGAGUGUGCCGAAGCUGGGCUACCUCACCAUGCUUGACACCUACAUCGCUGUCAGCUUCUUGUUCCUCACGGCUGCGGCUUUGCUGAUCGUUCUCCUGCCCGAGGAGAUGCUGCAGCAGCUUCGUGCGGCUGCAGUGUUUAGUGGCCUUUGCCUGCUCUUCAACAUUGUGUAUGCUGUGAUCGCAUACCGUGAAUUUCGCAUUCCGGUGGAGCAAUCACCGAGAUUCACUUUUCCGGAAGCCAAAGUGGCGCCGGAGUGA